AUGGCGACCGGUUCGUAUGCACCUCUCGAUAAUAAUCCUAUUUCAAGCGAUAUUUGCAGUUCAAGCAGUGAAUUUUAUGAAUCAAGUGAUGAUAGUGUGGUUGAUAAGAAUUUCGUACCAUCAAAUGAUGACGAAAGUUCAGAUACAAGUGAGGAAGGCGACUCACCUGUACCUACUAAAUUAUCAAGAAUAACUGAAACUACACCCGAAAAAACUCCGCAAACUCGUUGGAGACAAAGAAGGGACGAGAACUAUGAACAGGUGAAAAGGAAGAGAAGACGCAAUUUAGGACAAGAAUAUUCAACAGUAAAGAGCAAGAAACUUGUUAAACCUCGAGAAUUGGGUUCACCAUGUAGAUGCCAGAAGAACUGCCGAGACAAGCUCAGUAAUAGCCAUGAAAAUAUCUUCACAAAAUUCUGGGAUCUAGGUUCCUAUGAUCUUCAGAACAGUUACCUUUUUGGUGCUAUUCGAGUUCUAAAAAAGAAAAGAUCUUACAAGAAAAAACAAAAACGUCAAGAAUCUAGUCGACAGUUUACAGCUCAAUAUAUUGUUAAUGUUGAUGGUAGGGAUGUCAGGGUAUGUAAGGUCGAAUUUAUGAGUGUCCAUGGACUGCAAAAUUGUCGAGGCAGAAUCGACCAUAUUGUCAAAAUGAAGACAACCGGAGCUGUUGUCCCUAUAAAAGACGGACGUGGUAAACAUAAAAAUAGACCAAAUGCACUAAGCGCUGACCAAAAACAAUCUGUCAGAAAUCAUAUAGAUGCUAUACCAAAAUAUCAGAGCCACUAUAGCAGAGCAAAUAACAUCAACAAAAUGUAUCUUAACUGCGAUAUGUCCAUAGCAAGCUUGCAUAAGGAUUAUUAUGUUCCGUGGUGUCAACAACAAAACAUUAUUCCAGUGAAACAAAGUGCUUACCGUAAAAUAUUUUGCACUGAAUACAAUAUCGGUUUCAAGCUGCCCAAGUCUGACACAUGUAAAAUAUGUGACGAGUCAAAGAUCAAACUUGAUAUUGUCAAAUCAAACAACGAUGAUAAAGAGGAACAAAGGCUAACUACUUCCUUGACUUUACACCAAAAUAGAGCUAAAGCAAUGCAAAAUUUGCUGAAAUUAGAGACAGACCGAUCAAAAAGUACAACAAACGUAUGUGUUAUCAGUUUUGACUUACAGCAGGCAAUGCCUAUACCCAAGCUUACAACAGGCCCAGCAUUUUAUUGCAGAAAAGUUUGGCUCUAUAACCUUGGAGUACACGAUUGUACUGCUGAACAGGGUCACAUGUUUUUGUGGACAGAAAAUCAAGCCAAACGUGGAGCGGAUGAAGUUGCUUCUGUACUUUUUAAAUUUCUUAAAGAUAAAAAGGAUGUAGAUCACCUUGUUGUAUUCACGGAUAACUGUCCUGGUCAAAACAAAAAUUGGCAACUUAUGGCAUUUUGGUUGCAGUUAGUUAAAGAGAAAUGGUUUAAAACAAUAACACAUCAUUUUCUUGUUACUGGACAUACCCACUUGCCGUCGGACCGGGACUUCGCGUUGAUUGAAAAACGGCAUAGAAAAUAUGCUCCUGAAGUGUAUUCCCCAGAAGGUUGGCACAAAAUCAUCAAAGAUGCUAACAACAAGAAUCCUUUCAAGGUCACAGUUAUGCAGCAAGAAGAUUUCCUCAAAUUUGAACUAUUGUUGGCCAAUGUUCAAAAGAGUACUCGCAUGAGUAACAAGGAAAAUUUAGACUUCUCUGGUGUAUAUACCUUCCAUUUUAAAACAGAAAAUACAAAAUCUUUUUUUGUUAAGCACUCUGUAAACGGUGAGUAUAACGAAGUGAAUAUUACAAAAAAGGGUAGGCCUGUGAAUAUACCCUUAUGUCAGCUGAAAAAUAAGUACAUGGAACCUAUAAAAAUUUCAAAGAAGAAACUUAAAAAGGUACAAUCUCUUUUUCCAUAUAUACCCCCAAUACAUCUACCCUUCUUCAAUGGACUAACCUCCAGAGAAAGUGAUGAAGAUGUUGAAAUCGUAUAG